GGCGGGGCCCGGCAGGGAGCAGGAUGGCGGCCCGGGACAGUGACAGCGAGGAGGACUUGGUCAGCUAUGGGACAGGCUUGGAGCCACUGGAAGAAGGUGAGAGACCAAAGAAGCCAACUCCUCUUCAGGAUCAGACUGUCAGAGAUGAAAAAGGAAGGUAUAAGCGGUUUCAUGGAGCCUUCAGUGGAGGGUUUUCUGCUGGGUACUUCAACACUGUCGGCUCAAAAGAAGGAUGGACACCCUCUUCCUUUGUGUCUUCACGACAGAACAGAGCAGACAAAUCUGUUCUUGGUCCGGAAGAUUUUAUGGAUGAAGAGGAUCUUAGUGAAUUUGGGAUCGCACCUAAAGCAAUUGUUACCACAGAUGAUUUUGCUUCCAAAACCAAAGAUAGAAUACGAGAAAAGGCCAGGCAGUUAGCAGCUGCUACUGCCCCUAUUCCUGGAGCCACUCUGCUUGAUGACUUCAUAACGCCAGCAACAUUAUCUGUUGGUUUUGAAUUGCUAAGAAAAAUGGGUUGGAAAGAAGGACAAGGAAUUGGUCCUCGAGUAAAGAGAAGACCACGCCAACAAAAACCUGAUCCUGGAGUGAAAAUCUAUGGCUGUGCAUUACCUCCGGGAGGCUCAGAAGGAUCUGAGGAUGAAGAUGAUGACUACCUGCUAGAAAAUGUGACCUUUGCACCCAAGGAUGUCAUGCCUGUGGAUUUCACACCUAAAGAUAAUGUACAUGGACUGGCUUACAAGGGUCUGGAUCCCCAGCAAGCGUUGUUUGGAGCUUCAGGAGAACAUCUUAAUCUUUUCAGUGGGAGACCCGAGGGAGCCAGCAAUCUUCUUGGAGAUAUUGGAGUGAAUAAAGGGAGAAAGUUGGGAAUUUCAGGCCAGGCUUUUGGUGUUGGUGCCCUGGAAGAGGAAGAUGAUGAUAUCUAUGCCACAGAAACUCUAUCCAAGUAUGACACCAUUUUGAAGGAUGAGGAGCCUGGAGAUGGACUGUAUGGCUGGACAGCGCCCAAGCAGUAUCAAAGUCAGAAAGAAUCAGAAAAAGAUCUUCGCUACAUUGGCAAAAUAUUGGAUGGAUUUUCCUUGGCUUCUAAAUCUUUGUCUUCUAAGAAAAUUUAUCCACCACCUGAAUUGCCAAGAGACUAUCGACCAGUGCAUUAUUUCAGACCGGUGGUAGCUGCAACCUCAGAGAAUUCCCACUUACUUCAAGUGUUAUCAGAAUCAGCUGGAAAGUCAAUACAUGACCCAGGGACACAGAGUAGACACCAACUGAAUGCCUCCAAGCGGGGAGAGUUGCUAGGAGAAACACCUAUUCAAGGUUCAGCUACUUCAGUGUUAGAAUUUCUGUCCCAAAAAGAUAAAGAGAGAUUCAAAGAAAUGAAGCAGGCAACUGACCUUAAAGCAGCUCAACUCAGGGCCCUGAGUCUGGCCCAGAAUGCUGCAAGCAGCAGAACCCAGCCCCCGUCUCAGGUCGUCGGACACGGCUCUUGGCACACAGCAUUGAGUGGUGGGACAGCCACCACAAAAGCCAGCAACUUCAAACCUUUUGCCAAAGAUCCAGAAAAGCAAAAACGAUAUGAAAAGUUUUUAGCAAAUAUGAAACGGGGUCAGAAAGAUGCCCUGGAACAUUGUCUGGAUCCCAGUAUGACAGAGUGGGAGCGAGGCCGAGAACGGGAGGAAUUUGCUCGGGCAGCCCUGCUGUAUGCAUCUUCCCAUUCGACCUUGUCCUCCAGGUUCACUCAUGCCAAGGAGGACGACGAUUCAGAUCAAGUAGAAGUUCCUCGAGACCAAGAGAAUGAUGUCAAUGACAAGCAGUCGGCUGUGAAGAUGAAGAUGUUUGGGAAGCUCACCCGAGACACAUUUGAAUGGCAUCCUGACAAGCUUCUAUGUAAGAGGUUUAAUGUCCCUGACCCUUAUCCAGAUUCAACUUUAGUUGGCUUACCAAGAGUGAAACGUGACAAAUACUCAGUCUUCAACUUUCUGACACUCCCAGAGACAGCUUCCUUGCCUACAACUCAAGCCUCAAGUGAAAAAGUACUGCAGCACCGAGGUCCCGACAAACCAAGAAAACCAUCCAGAUGGGAUACAUCUAAACAAGAAAAGAAAGAAGAUUCCAUUAGUGAAUUCUUAAGUUUGGCUAGAUCAAAAGUUGGUCCACUUGAACAAGAGUCCAGUCCAUUAGUAAACAAAGAGGAAGUGCAUGUGAAGGAAUCACUCUCAAAUAAGCUGGUAAACAAAGAUGUGGAUUCACAGACUGAAGCGGGAGAGAGCCGUCCAUCCAUGGACUUAUUCAAGGCCAUCUUUGCCAGCUCCUCUGAAGAAAAGUCCUCAUCCUCUGAGGAUGAACAGGGCGACAGCGAGGAUGAUCAGGAGGGUCCCGGGGAGGCUGACUUCAAAAGUUCCCAGGAGGAACUGCCGUCUGUGGCACCCAGUACGUCAGGAUUUCAGACUUUGGGAUCUAAAGGAGAGAAUGCUAGUGAGCCGGCCCCCCAGGAGCCCGCGCCUUCCUUCGUGAUACAGAAGACGCAGAUAGACGAAAGAGAAGAGUUCGGCCCUCGGCUGCCUCCUGUCUUCUGCCCCAAUGCUCGUCAGAAACUUGAGGCUCCUCAAAAAGAGAAACAUAAAAAGAACAAAGAAAAACAUAAGACCAAGAAAGAGCACAGACGGAAGAAAGAGAAGAAAAAGAAACAUCGGAAGCACAAACACAAAGGCAAGCAAAAGAAUAAAAAGUCAGAAAAAAGUAGUAGUUCUGAGAGUGCUGACAGCAGUGACAGCCAGAGUGAAGAAGACACCGCAGACAUGUCACCCCAGGAACUGCUAAGACGGUUAAAACAUCUUCCCCUAAGGAGGCAGUAGUUGAAUUCUGCCCUGGCCUGUUCCGAAACCAGAUCUCCUCCAUGAUGGAAGUCCAUUGAUUGCUCAGUUAAUACAUUGUACAGAUUGUAUUUAUAUGUAAAUUCAUGCUGUAAAAUAAUUUUUAAAACCUUGACAUUUCAAAGGCUGCCUUGGAAGGUCACAGAAAUUGGCUUCUAUUUUUAACUUCAGUUAGUGUCAAGGAAAAAAUUCAGACUGUACAGUUUAAUUAAAAUGGAUUUUUCUAUUUC